AAUCAUUUAUCAGCUUGGUAGUACCACGAGACAGCAGCACUGGUUGACCAGCUGUGCUUUCUCUCAAGUCGCAGUUGCUGCUUGGACAGAUUGCUCGACGGCGACGCUGCGCUGCUAGGAGCCGCCAUGGCGUCGAUUGCUGGCUUGAAUCGCCGUGUUGCUCGUCGCCUUGAUCCACUGCAUCCGCUGCGUCAACUGCAUCAGCUGCAUCUCCGCCUGGUCACUCUCCUGCGCGCACCACUGGCACUGACUCCACGGUUCCUUCGACCGACAUGAGCAGUUACCCCACGAGCAUCGCACGCACACUCGCACGUUGCUGCUCCGCGCCACGCGAUUCGCUCGAGUGUUAGCGAUAGAGUCCGAUGGAAGCCUCACAGGCCGACUUCCCUUGUCGCACUCUCCCCCUCCCCGCCAUGCGGUUCGCGUGGGUGUUGGCGGUAGAAGCUGUGGCGGCACUCGUCGUGCUCGCUUGCGAGCUGCCUUUCGUGCAGCGGCUGCUGAGGCGCAGAGGGUGGCGCGAGUGGCGGGAGGCGGAGGGAGAUGGGGGGGAGAGCGGAGAGAACGGAGAGCAUUUACGACAGAACGGAGACGCAGCGCCCGAUGGGUUUGGCGGGGGUGGCUCGAUAAGCGAGCGAGGGGGGAGGGGACGGCACCCUCGUUUGAGCGACAUGGUGAUUCGCGAUCCCGCGCUGCUGACUCGACACAUGACGCAGCUGUACGGGAGAUGACGCGUUUCAGCGGGACAUGAGGCGGCUCCGCAGUAACGACACAGACUGCAGAUGGAUGAGACACCAUAGCCAUAGAUAUGCCAUAAUCUGACAUGUCGCGGGGCUCUCACAAGGCGUGGGUGGGCGCCCCAUGAGACCCUAUGAAGCGGUGUGCAUGAUGGGGUAGGACCAAUGAGGGUAAAGAAACGGUGCGUGUGUGUACGCACUUUAU